AUGAAUAGCCGCUAUUAUAACAAAGUAGACUCUGUCGAUAUAUAUGAUAUCAUAAGAUCGAUCAAAGAUCCCGAACUCCCCAACACAUUGGAAGAGUUGAAUGUAGUUCAGGAGGACAACAUCGAGGUUGAAGAUGAUACGUCAUGCGAUCACUGUUCGAUUACUAUACUGUUCAAGCCAACAGUGCCACAUUGCCACCUUGCUCCAACCAUUGCCCUAUGUCUACGGCAAAAGAUUGAAAAGCAACUUCCCAAGCCCUCAAAGGUUACCAUCUACAUUAAGCCAGGCACUCAUCAAACUGAAGAUGAGAUCAACAAGCAGAUCAAUGAUAAAGAACGAUACAUGGCUGCGUUGGAGACACCAGAGAUAUCAGAACUUGUAGAUAGAUGUAUACAGGAGGACGAAUAA